AUGGGGGGAGGAAUGGAAGCAAACAAGAACAAGUUCAUAGAAGAGUGGGGAUCUGUCAGAGAAAAUCUCGAGCACAACUUCCGCUGGACUCGCCGCAACUUCGCCCUCGUUGGCAUCUUCGGCAUCGCCAUCCCUAUCUUGGUUUACAAGGGCAUUGUCAGAGACUUCCACAUGCAAGAUGAGGAUGCAGGAAGACCAUACAGGAAGUUUAUAUGACUAGUCUGAGAAUGUUUUGAUAAUAACUGUGGGACUAGUCAUAGAACGUUUACGGGACCACAAUCAUCCCUCUCCUGGUAGAUGGAAAGUGUUUCAUUUUCUUUGUUGAUCUAUGGAUCAUAAUGUCAUUCAAUUUGGUAAACUUCUGCCCUUGGUGAUAUUUUCUCCAGUUCAGUUUAUCUGAAUGAAUCCUUGGUUCCUCAUUUA